AUGCAUCCACGUUCCACACUCAGCAAACCGUCUCCCAAGAGGAGCUUGUCAUGUGCAGGUCUCGACGAUCUGGAAGAGCUCCUUCAUAGCUCUGAUACUGCACGCGCUCCUCCGAAUCGUAAACGCCACCACAGUUUAAACAGUGACAACAACUUCGCUGCCACCAACUUUGGGACUCCAUCGUCACCGUCUCGACACGAAUAUCAGCCACCUCCUGCUUCCUAUCCUGGGGCAUUGCGCCGUCCUGAACUUCCCACAUUUAGCGAGAAAAAUAGCUCGAGUGGAGGCUUCCAACUGGUUUCAUCGACAUCUUCAUCAUUCGAGUCUAGGUACCCCCAGACAUCUUCCAACCAAUCUCAGCCCAUGGAUCGUCAACAUUCCGAUGGCCAGGACAACAAUUAUCAAGACGAACACGACUUUGACAGUGAGUUUAGUGGGCAAGAUGCCAGCUCCGGAGACGAUCACGAGUAUAAAAGCAGUGGCCACUUCUCCUCGACAGCUUUACCAUCCCAAGAUCCUCAGGAUUCCUUCGAGCACAGACUGAAACUUGAUCACGAUCCGCUCGCUGGAAAACGUCUUGAUCACAGUGUUUUUCUUCCACAUUCUCAUCGCACAGCGGGCAGCGAAUGUUCCCCACGCGAGGAAUUUCUCGUCCAGGCAUUUGGUCCCAGUGGGUUCAAGUUGCAUGGCACUUCUGUGUCAAGUAACGAUGAUUUGGAUGACAGUCUCAGUGAUGACAGCAGCAAUAACAGGGAACAUAGUGCAUCGGGUCAUGCUGCUGCAAUGACAGACGCAGAUACGGAACUCAAGAUGUCGUUCAACGAGCUGGAGGCAGAUAUUCGCGGUGCGAUGCAUCAGAAUCCUCACCAUCAACAACAUUCCCCCAGACUUCCAGAGCUAACAGGGCUAUCUCAUCAGCCAUUUGCGUCACCUUCACACGGCUCGUUCGGACUCAAUCGCACUGCCAUUUUCCCUCGAAGUAACCAGGAAGUGCACCACGUUGCAAUGUUCGGUCAAUCACAGGACGUUCGCCCUCAUCUCAUUCAAACCCAGAAAGACACAGGAUUUUUUUCACGAGAGCAACAUCAUCAGAGUCCCUCACGUGCAUCACUGGCUAAGACACCGCAAAGUAAAGGAGCUAGUGCGGUUCAAACGCCCACAAAAUGGCUUCGUGAUGAAGACGAGCGACUGCGAGUAGCUGUGGCUCGGUUUGGUGGCAAGAAUUGGAAAAUGAUCGCCGAGACGCUGGGGAACGGACGCACAGAUGUCCAGUGUCUUCAUCGUUGGAACAAAGUUCUUAAACCCGGUUUGAUCAAAGGACCCUGGACACCUGAAGAAGAUCGUAUCCUCACUAGUCUCAUUACGCGCUAUGGAGUCGGUAAGAUUCGUUGGUGUGACCUUGCACUGCAUUUGCCAGGACGGAUUGGCAAACAGUGUCGCGAACGUUGGUGCAAUCAUCUCGACUCCCGUAUCCGAAAAGGUCAGUGGACUCCAGAGGAAGAUGAUAUGGUAUUUCGAUGGCAACAGAAGUUGGGGAAUAAAUGGAGUGAGAUCGCCAAACUGCUCCCUGGACGUACAGAAAACGCCGUCAAGAAUCGAUUCAACUCGGCUGCGCGGCGCAAGUGGCUUAUGAACCAAGCGAACAAGUCGGCUGCUGCUGCUGCAGCGCAGUCGACGCCACCAGCACCUAACCCCUCGCAAGUAUCUCCACAUCAGCAGCUUCAGCAACAUACAUUGAUGCAGUCUUCUUCGGCUCAUCAAGAGGGCAAUGUCUACAACGUCAAUACUAUGCCCUACGGAGGUGGAAAAGUAUCGCCAUUGCCCUCAACUGAUGCAUUAAUGGAACAUCACCCGCACAAUAUGAUCCCACCACUUGGACGGCAAAACUUCAUCCAGCACUACACUUCCCCAACUAACGCUUUAUUACCCGGUGGUCCAGUUUUUCGUCCCGUUGGAAAUGACCAGAGUUUCGAUCACGACAAAUCUGCUGAGGUUGGUAAGGGUGACUCGAUGCCAUUAGCACCUCCACCGACGUUUGUACCGCCUCCACUCAACUCGCUCUUCCAUCCUCCUCCCGUCAAUAUCGCCACUGGUUCUAGCCGCAAUUUGCAACAUUUAGUCAGCCCCGCCAGUGGAGCGUCCCUCACUCCCGUCUUCCCAUUUCCAUCUCAUCUUCCGACUUCAACGCAUUCCGCUUCAUCCAGUGUUAUACUUCCUGCAUCCAAGUCCAUGUCUGGUGACGACAAAGACGUCGAUUCUUCAAUUCUCCCGUUGAAGGAAGAAAAACUCGAACGAGAUGAUUUAGUCCUCCAAGCCACGCCAGCGUCAAGUUCUGGUCCUGACCCCAGCGUACCUAUGGACGACGAAAAUAUGAACAGCUUCCUUGACAGCGUCGCUCUUGAACUCGACGACAUCAUGGAAUAA